CGACACAGUGCCGAAAUGGGGAAAGCAAGUGGGCGCUGGGACUUUGAAUGGGUUUAUAAUGAACAGCCGCAUACUUCGCGAAGAAAAGAAAUUCUAGCUAAAUAUCCAGAGAUUAAGUCUCUGAUGGGUCAUGAUCCACAGCUGAAAUGGGUGGUAUCGGGGAUGGUCCUCACACAGCUUCUGGCCUGUUAUCUGGUGCAUGACCUCCCCUGGAAAUGGGUGUUUUUCUGGGCGUACGCCUUCGGUGGCUGCAUCAACCACUCGCUCACACUGGCCAUCCAUGACAUCUCCCACAACGUGGCCUUCGGUAACAGCAAGGCGCGCCUGAACCGCUGGUUCGCCAUGUUCGCCAACCUCCCCAUCGGCCUGCCCUACUCUGCCUCCUUUAAGAAGUACCACAUCGACCACCACCGCUACCUAGGCGGGGACGGUCUGGACGUGGACAUCCCCACGGAGAUGGAGGGCUGGUUCUUCUGCACUCCGGCGCGAAAAGUCCUCUGGCUCUUCUUACAGCCUUUAUUUUAUGCACUGCGUCCACUGGUGGUGAACCCUAAGCCAGUCACCAAACUGGAGAUGCUGAACGCAGUCGUUCAGUUUGUGGUGGACUUCAUAAUCUACUACCUGUGGGGACUGAAGCCCAUUAUUUACCUGAUCGCAGGCUCUAUCCUGUGCAUGGGUCUGCACCCCAUCUCUGGACACUUCAUCGCUGAGCACUACAUGUUCCUGAAGGGCCAUGAGACGUACUCCUACUACGGCCCCCUCAACUAUAUCACCUUCAACGUUGGCUACCAUAUGGAGCAUCACGACUUCCCCAGCAUUCCUGGCAGUAAACUUCCGCUGGUAAAGAAGAUUGCAGCGGAGUACUAUGAUGGUCUCCCCCAGCACACGUCGUGGGUGCGCGUUCUGUGGGACUUUGUGUUCGACGACAGCAUCGGCCCCUACGCCAGAAUUAAGCGUCAAUACAAGCUUGUUAAACAGGAAUGAAGGCACAGUCAAGUGACGUGCACCACAUAGUGAGAGCUGUUUGUAUUUCUUUGUGUCACCUGCCCACACACGAUAGAGCUCCCUCCCUCUAGCGCUCCCUUUCACACACCUUACAACCAUGAGGAAAAUUACAUUUGAUUUUUAUUUUGGCCUUCCCAAACCUGUUUGUCUUGUUUCUCAGGAUAAUCCUACAGGAUUCUACAGCUUGAUAGUCUAGUGCACAGCUGUACAUAUAGCUCCAGCCACUGAAGUCCCAUCCCACAGUGCAAACCAUUCUGGACCACUGUAUCAUUUUGUCCAUGUGUUAUCACUGGUUAGGAUAUGAGUAAUGUGACUUUUAUUCCAUAAGUGAAAAACCAUUCAUUUGAGAAAUGAGUCCCUAUCCUGAAUAUCUGAUCUCAGUUUGAGGUUCACACAUUACUUUCUCAUUCAUUAAAGCCCAGCCAUGUCUUCAUUCAUUAGGCUGGUUUCCCAUACACGCAUUAAGCCUGGUCUUAAUCCAUGUCAAUGUCUAAGAAAAAAAGUAAGUAAAUAACAUUUUGCUA